AUGAGAGAGGUUAUUUCCAUCCACAUCGGCCAAGCUGGCGUGCAAACUGGUGCGCUUUGUUUUUUGGUUUUGGUUUUUCUCGCAUGUGGACGCAUGUGCGAAGAUUCUCUCAUUCUCUCUCUCUCUGUCGUUGACUUUUUUUCUUCUUCUUCUUUCUUGGGAGAUGAUGACGACGACGACGACGACAAAACUGACCUCUCUCAACGUUCUCUGUUGAUGCGCUUUUUUCGAAUGAUGAACAACAGGUAA